AGUUUUUCUUCUUCAGCCCAGCCCGCCCCCUUCUUUUUUGUUCUUCUUCUUCUUUCAAGAGUAACCCCAAAAGAGGCAGCAUUGUUAAACUUGCUUGAUUCGAACCGAAAAUGUCAAAAACUUCAUCAGAGAUUUAGAAAUCAAAGUUACUACACACCUAGGAGAUAGAGAAAACAAGUUACGGCUGAAGGUCGGAUGCAGAGUCGCAGACAGGUUACAGCUCACGCUUGUGUAAACAGGUUUGCUCUCCUUCAAUUCCGUGGAAAUGGCAGAAAUAGAGAUUAGGAUUAUUGUCGUGACCUACUCGUGACGGGAAUUAUAUAGAAUAGGAUUAAUUAGAGAUACAAAUCAUGCAUUUUCAAACACAACUACGGGAGCCGAAAUUGAUUAAUAAAACCGGAAAACAAGUGACGGCUUGAAAGCAGCGGAGCUCCUGGCUGAAGAAGGGAGGGGUGGGGCGGGCUGAAGAAGAAGAGAGGAAGGAGAGAGGCGGGGAGCUAGGGCUGAAGAAGAAGAAAGAAGCAGUGAAAAAGAAAAGAAAAAAUGAUUUUUUUUAAAUACCGCCUGGAUUGCCAAGUAACUGUUUACAUUUCAAGUAAGAAAAAAAAUGAUUUUUCCUAAUUCCUCGAUUGAUUGAAUUGUCGCAUUUACAGAUGCGAUUCAUUUUCUAGUUCUGAUUAAGCAUGAUUGGAAAUUAAGUUGAAUAGAAGAAUUGUAUUUAAUUACUAUCAUGUUAUUGAAUGUAUUCUUAAUUGUCUAUGAGAACUGUAAAUAAGGAAAAUAUAAGAGGGUUAUUGCUUACUGGCCUAGAUGUGUUUUGUUUUUUAAUGUUUUUUUCUGGCCAUUGACCUGAAGGAUUGUAUUCUUUCUCUGAGGAUGUUAAAGAGUGAGAUCCUUCUUCAAAAAAGACGGGGGAAAGGCUCCAAAAUUGAUCAUUUUUUCCUGCAAUGAUGCUUCUAUACUAUGCAAGUAUUGAAUUAUAUUAUGUGGAUGUGAUGGAUAAUCUUUUUGCAUAUUGAUUUUCAAGCAACAUGGUGGAAGAAGCUUGUUGCCUAAUUCCCUUUAACCUUUUGUGAAGUGAAGUACCUCGGAAGCUGAGAUGUUUCUCACUGCACACAAUGAAGCAAAUGGAACCCUUGAAGAUGGAAAUAGACCUUGACCGGAUCAGCAAUUUGCCAGCACAUAUUACUGACAAGAUCUUAUCACACUUGUCACUUAGGGAUGCUGUCACGACAAGUGUCCUAUCAAGUAAAUGGAGAUACAAAUGGGUUACUCUUCCAAACCUCGUAUUUGACAAUCAGAGUCUUUUUGCUUCUCCCCAAGACCAUUCCCUUAUUAAAAGCAAGAUAGUCAGCAUAGUUGACCAUGUACUGUUACUUCAUGUGGGACCAGUACACAAAUUCAAGCUUUCUCAUCGGGAUCUUCAAAACGUUGUUGAUAUUGAUAAAUGGAUUCUCUUCCUGUCUAGAGGUCCUAUAAAGGAAUUUAUACUUGAGAUUUGGAAGGGCCAUCGCUAUAAACUCCCAUCAGCCACAUACCUCUUCCACAAACUGGUCCACUUAGAACUGUUCAAUUGUCUUUUGAAACCGCCCGUGACAUUCAGUGGCUUUAAAUGCUUGAAGAGUCUUGAUCUUCAGCACAUUUCCAUGGAACAAGAAGCAUUUGAGCAUCUCAUCUCUAGCUGUUCUUUGCUUGAGCGGUUGACUUUGAUGAACUUUGAUGGGUUUAAUCAUUUGAAGAUCCAUGCUCCUAAUCUCCUCUACUUUGAUGUUGGGGGUGUUUUCGAUGAUGUUAGUUUCAAAGGUACUUUCCAUCUGGCCACUGUCUCUAUUGGUUUAUAUGCGAAUGAUGUUGAGGAAAACAUGGGUUUUGCUGGAAAUGGAAAUUUAGUCAAGUUUUUUGCUCAUCUGCCCAGAAUACAAAGGCUCGAGGUGCAGAACUACUUCUUGAAGUAUUUGGCUGCUGGUAUAGUACCGGGAAAACUACCUAGACCUUGUAAUGAGCUUAGUUUCCUUUCUGUACGCAUCAAUUUCAACUCUAUGGAUGAGUAUCUAGCGGCUCUAUGCCUACUCAGGAGUUCUCCCAAUCUUCAGGAGCUUGAAGUUGUGGGUCGCGCAGAAGAACAGAAUUCACCACCAGUUGGGAUUGCCUUGGGGGAAGAGAAGUAUCAGAAUUUUAAGUUUAAAAGACUGCGGGAGGUUAAGAUAUCUGGCAUCUCUGGUUUCAGACAAGAGCUGAACUUCAUAAAGUUGAUUCUGGGGAAUUCACCUGAUCUUGAAACAAUGACUAUCAAGCCCUCUUCUAGCGAUGGAGCUUGGGAGAUGUUGAAACAACUUCUCCGCUAUAGACGUGCCUCUGUCCAGGCUGAAAUCAUCUACCUUGACCCUUAGCAUUAUUAUGCGGCAUCACCUUAGAAAGUAAAACUACUCCCUCUUGUCCUAUUGAUUGGAUAAGAUGAAGCCGUCUUACAUACAUGCCAUGUUAAUAAUAAUAUCGAUGCAAAUUUAAUUUGUUUUCCGAAAUCGCCCAUAUUAAAUGAAGCUGUGAGGAAGGGUAUGAGAUUGUUGCAAACAAUGAAAGUAGUAUUGAACAAGGUCAGUAGUCAUAUUUGAAAAGCUAAGAAUAUUUUAAUUAUCUACUUAGUUUAUGUAAAGCCAAAAUGGAGCCCCAUAAGUAGGAUCAGAGGGAGUACUCAGUAUGUCUAUAGGAAAGUCUUGGACAUUUUUAAUGUUGUGUUGACUAUUAGCAUAUUAAUGUCGACUAUAUUAUAUGAUGGCUUAAUCAUUUAAUUUAUGUAGUAAGGUGUUCAUUAUUCAGGCUCAGACCAGUUAUUUAUUCUAUUCACUCCCUUUUCUGGUAGCA